AUGAACGUCUCGGAACAGUUCCGAGUUUAUCGAUCAGAAAGGACCACCGUGUACGCCGUGGUGUCCUGGGCAGCUCUCUUCUGCGCAUAUGCCCUGUUUGUGAAAGCCUUCAUCGCGAAGCUUUCCCCUCCCAUGAGCGAGGCGGCCAAAAGCAAAGGUAUUUUGCGAGACCAGCUCUCCAGGGACAUCGCUUCCUGCAUAGUGGCCAUCACGACGCAUACUUUCCUUGGACCGAUGGCGCUGUAUCUUUCUCUAAGCUACCACGCUGCUGGAAAUCCAGCCUCCCUCGCAUGCUUCCUGUUGGAGCCACCGCGCCCUGUAGAUGUGACGCGGGAGCUGUGGUGCUGCAGAAUUGGCGAGAUGUUCACGGGAAAUAUUCUGUAUCAGUCGAUUUUCUGGCUCCUGCGCUGGGAGACCGGUAUUGAGAUGCUGCUACACCAUAUAGGCUUCUUCGUUGCAGGGUACUUGAUCCUGGACUUGACUUGCUUCGGCAAGCUGGCCAGCGCAGCGAUGUCCAUGGAGGUCUCGAGCGUUUUUCUCAGUGUGCAUCUGAUGACACGCCAGAUCGACGGGCGAAGAUGCGCUCUGAUCUCUGACCUGGCGGCCGCGGUUUUCGCGCUGACCUUCCUCGGGAUCCGUAUUUUCUGGUACGGCUACGUUGUGGCAGAGUUCAACUACUUUUGGUUCCUCGAGCCCGAGAAGCUGCCACAGAACCUGUCCCCCGUCAAGACCUCCAUGGCACAUCUGAUUUUCACGCUGGGCUGGUUCUUGCAGCUCUACUGGUCCAAGCUCGUUGUGAGCAAAGUCUGGCGGGCAGCUCGCGGCAUGAUGGGCAAAGACCCUGCGCAGUAG